GACCGCUGUGAGUCAAAACAGCUGCCCGGAGGAGGAGAGGGUGGCGCUUGGCGGACAGACAGUUCCUUCCGUUCUUUGGACAACGCCACUUCCCUGGGGCCCCACACAGUGUGUGGCACAUACUAGGUUUUCAGUAAACAUUUGUUGAAGAAAUGAAUAGAUGAAUUCAUGGAAAGAUUAGGAAAAUGGGUUAAAGAGAAUGGAAGGAAGAGAUGAAAGAUUUAAAAACAAAUUAGAUAGUAGAGAAGACUCCAGUCCACAUCCAAGACAGCGCCCUCAGGCUUCCUGGAGCCGCACCUGCUCCUGGCACCCCAGCCUUCCAGGCUCCAGCCACACCGACCCAUGGAGACCCCCGCCCCCAGUGCUUCCGGUUAGUCUCCGCCUCCGCGCUGAAGCUCCCAUCCGCUCUCUGUCCCGUCCUUGCGAGUCCUCACCCCCAUGUCCUUGCCCGGACCAGCAGCGCCAGGACUGGCGGGUCUUUCGGGAGCUCGGAGAAAAGAUGGAUCAUGUGAGUGGGACUGAGAGGUUUAUGGAGCUGAGCUCCCGCGGCUGUAAAUCACCCUGCCCUGCCCGGUAUAAAGCGCCCGUCCAGCCCGGCGUGGGAGAGAGGAAACGCUCGCCGCCCUCUGACCCCCAGCUCAGCGCGGGCUCCCGGCCCAGCCAGUGACCCCUUCAACCUCCUCCAGUCGCCACUGCCAUGUCCGAGGAGCUGGCCCCCGGCCCCACCGAGAGCCCGCCGGCGCCGCGGGCAGGCCCCCGCGAGGUGUGGAAGAAGGGCGGCCGCCUGCUGUCGGUGCUGCUGGCCGUGAACGUGCUGCUCCUCGCCUGCACGCUCAUCAGCGGUGGCGCCUUCAACAAGGUGGCGGUGUAUGACACCGACGUGUUCGCUCUACUCACCACCAUGAUGCUGCUGGCCGCGCUCUGGAUCCUCUUCUACGUCCUCCGCACCGUGCGCUGCCCUGAAGCGGUCCCCUACAGGGACGCGCACGCCGGCCCCAUCUGGCUCCGAGGUGGGCUGGUGCUGUUUGGGAUCUGCACUCUCAUCAUGGAUGUCUUCAAGACCGGCUACUACUCCAGUUUCUUUGAGUGCCAGUCAGCCAUCAAGAUACUCCACCCCCUCAUCCAGGCUCUGUUUGUCAUCAUCCAGACUUACUUUCUCUGGGUCUCUGCUAAGGACUGUAUUCACGUCCACCUGGAUCUGACCCGGUGUGGUCUCAUGUUCACGCUCGCCACCAAUCUGGCCAUCUGGAUGGCAGCCGUGGUGGAUGAAUCUGUGCACCAGGCCCACUCCGACAGCAGUUCUCACAGCAACACCAGCCACAGCCGCCUCGCUCCUGACCCAGAGCGUGCAGGCAGCCAGGUCGGAGAGGACUGCUCCUGCAACACGGCCGUCUGCCAGAUCUUCCAGCAGGGUUACUUCUACCUGUAUCCCUUCAACAUCGAGUACAGCCUCUUUGCCUCCACCAUGCUCUACGUCAUGUGGAAGAACGUGGGCAGGCUGCUGUCCUCCUCCACCCACGGCCACGGCCACGGCCACGGCCACAGCCCAUCGCGGGUCAGCCUCUUCCGGGAAACGUUUUUUGCCGGCCCAAUCCUGGGCCUGAUACUCUUCGUGGUGGGGCUGGCCAUCUUCAUUAUCUACGAGGUCCAAGUGAGUGGGGAGGAGGGCCGCACCCAGCAGGCCCUGGUCAUGUACUACAGCUUCAACAUCGCCUGUCUGGGGCUCAUGACCUUGGUCAGCCUGAGUGGCUCCAUCAUCUACCGUUUUGACCGCCGGGCCAUGGACCACCAUAAGAACCCCACGCGCACCCUGGAUGUGGCCCUACUGAUGGGUGCCGCCCUGGGCCAGUAUGCCAUUUCCUACUACUCCAUUGUGGCCGUGGUAGCGGGCACACCCAGGGACCUGCUGGGGGCACUCAACUUAGCCCACGCUCUGCUCAUGAUUGCCCAGCACAUCUUCCAGAAUGUGUUCAUCAUCGAGAGCCUCCACCGGGGCCCACCUGGGGCCGAGCCUCAUGAUACGCCCCCCAAGGAGCCCUGCCACGGCCUCACCUUUGCGAACCUGGAUGCCCUCCAUACCCUGCCCUCCUGCCCACCCACCCCUACGUUGGCUGGCUCCAGCCCAGCGGGCCCUCCGGAAGCAGUGGCCAUCAUCUUGGCACCCGAGGGCCACUGGAGACGCCGGUGCCUGAAGGAUAUUUCUCUGUUUCUCCUGCUGUGCAACAUCAUUCUGUGGAUCAUGCCUGCCUUCGGGGCCCGCCCUCACUUCAGCAAUACUGUGGAGGUGGACUUCUACGGCUACUCCCUCUGGGCAGCCAUUGUCAACAUCUGCCUGCCUUUCGGCAUCUUCUACCGGAUGCAUGCUGUCUCCAGCCUCCUGGAGGUCUACGUACUAUCCUGAAGCCCCCCCGACAGAGACAUGGGGGGCCCUCGGCUCAUGUGCGCACCCAGAGACCCUCGGGAAUGAGCCCAAGGCUGGCAGUCACUGUGCCACAUUGCCACCCAUUGCCCCCUGGCCCCAGAGUGGGAUUUUCACAGAAGUUAUUUUUCCAGGACGGGUUUUUAAAUCACAAUCAGGACAUGCCCAUCCACCCCAACAUGACCCUGGGGCGUGAGGCAACCAGGGACGGACACCUCUCCCUGCAGCACUUUUAGGACCAGGAUCUGGAAGUGUCCGUGGUCCAGCUCCACCCCUAAUCCCAGCCCUGUGGCCAGCCCUGCUGCCUGGAGCUGAGAACCAAUAAACCUGCAGUCUGCCCACUGUCCCCCACUUCUUGUCUCAGCCGCCCCAUCUGAAAUGAUCACAGGAGAGGAUCUUGGGGAUCAGAGUUGGAAGGGUCCCUGGAUUUUCAGGUCUCAAGCCUUUCAGUGGGUGAGCCAAGUCUGAGUUACAGACCAGAGCCUGGGUGGCUGGGAGGGGCCGGGCAGAGUACCCAGGGGGCCACUUCCUCUUCCCUUUAUCCUUAAGUGACAUAUGCAUGUUUUAUGGGUUCCUUCUUGCACAAAAGGUUAGGAAGGAGUGACCUAGUUCAACUACCAUUUUACAAAGAAAGAAACUGAGACUUGCCCAAGGUCACACAGCUAAAUAGCCAGAGCCUUUCUACUAAGAAUAAUAAUUCUCAAACAGCAGAACUUUU